GCCAUGUCCACCACCACGUGCCAAGUGGUGGGUUUCCUCCUGUCCCUCCUGGGUCUGGCAGGCUGCAUUGCCGCCACGGGGAUGGACAUGUGGAGUACCCAGGAUCUGUACGACAACCCUGUCACCUCCGUGUUCCAGUACGAAGGGCUCUGGAGGAGCUGCGUGAGGCAGAGCUCAGGGUUCACCGAGUGUCGGCCGUACUUCACCAUCCUGGGCCUUCCAGCCAUGCUGCAGGCAGUGCGAGCCCUAAUGAUUGUGGGUAUUGUACUGGGUGUCUUCGGCAUCCUGGUGUCCAUCUUCGCCCUAAAGUGCAUUCGAAUUGGCAGCAUGGAGGACUCUGCCAAGGCCAAGAUGACCUUGACCUCUGGGAUCCUGUUCAUCAUCUCAGGAAUUUGUGCGAUUAUUGGAGUGUCUGUGUUUGCCAACAUGCUGGUCACUAACUUCUGGAUGUCCACAGCUAACAUGUACAGCAGCAUGGGUGGGAUGGUACAGACUGUCCAGACCAGGUACACCUUUGGUGCAGCUCUGUUCGUGGGCUGGGUCGCUGGAGGCCUCACGCUCAUUGGGGGUGUGAUGAUGUGUAUUGCCUGCCGGGGCCUGACACCUGAUGAAACCAACUACAAGGCUGUGUCUUAUCAUGCCUCAGGCCACAAUGUUGCCUACAAGCCUGGAGGCUUCAAGGCCAGCACUGGCUUUGGGUCCAACACCAGAGAUAAGAAGAUCUAUGAUGGGGGUGCCCGUGCAGAAGAUGAGGUACAAUCUCAUCCUUCCAAGUACGACUACGUGUAAUACUCCAAGACCUC